GCUGAUCGGGGAGUGUUUCCGGUCGUCUGCGCAGAUCCUCGCGCGUCUGCAGGACUCGAGCGCGGCGCGACCUGACGCAGACACGACCAGCACGAGCGCGUAGGAUGACUGUAAACAGAGCGGACCGGACACCGGACAGAGACUGACCGCGGCAGUGUGUUUGGGAUCCGUUCGUUCUGAUUGGUCUGGACUGGAUGCGCCGGAAGCACGAUGUUGAGCGGAGCGUCUCUCCAGAGUCUGCUGCUGGCGGCGCUGUGCCUCUUCAGCCGGGCCGGGCCCCUGCAGGGACCCUCGGAGGACCCGGAUCCUGGAGAACAUAAAGGCUCGGUGACGGCGCCUCCUGCCGGAGAUCCGGAGAAGAGCCCGCAGAUCAACUCUUCUGAGGAGGACCGGAGACUCCUGCCAGACUCGCUCUCUGGAUCCGGACCCAGCUUCAGCUCCAGGCUCCUGGACAGCACCGACACCUGGACAGAAGCAGAGCACCUGAGAGCAGAGGAGGUGAGUGUCUUGCCUUCGUCUCAAGACAUCGGCACCGAGGCCACCAUGUCCUCCGAAGACCUUCCUCUGAUUUUUGAGCCGUUCGAGGACGUCACACCAGCCGGAGCAUCGUCUGUCGCCAUGACGCCAGCGGCUGUAACCGCGGGAGACGCAGAGCUGGAGCGCAUGGUGUCCAUGGAUACCUCCCCUGACGCCCGUCUCUCAGGAGCGAGAGAGCCAAUCACAGAGCCCCACCCGGCAGUGGAGCAUCAUGGGACGACUCAGCCAGGUGAUGAUGUCACACAGAGCGGCGUUACCCAUCAGGCUCUGGGGGUGUCUGAGGUCGCUCACGGACCAGACUCAAAACCGAACACACACACAGACGAGCCCAAAAUGAAAGAGGAACCUGAUGAAGAUGAGGAGGACGAGGAGAUGGACUCUGAGGAGGAGGAAGAGGAGGAGGAGGAGGAGGAGAGUGAGGAGGACCUGAAGGAGAGCACCGUCGCUCCCCACAGCCGUCCGGCGUAUGGCCUGAUCCCUCCUCCUCCGGUCUGGGUGCAGCGGAACCAGGGCCUGGUGCGGAGCUGGGUCGAGCUGAUCAGAGAGAAGGCUGGCUAUGUGUCUGGGAUGCUGGCUCCGGUCGGGAUCGGGAUCGCCGGGGCUCUUCUCCUCGUCGGGGCUCUCUACAGCAUCAGAGUGAUCCAUCGCAAGAGGAGGAACAGCUUCAAACACCAGAGGAGGAAGCCUCCCAGAGAAGUGCGCAGCGGACCAGACAACGCCAUGCUGCUGGCGGACAGCUCUGAAGACGAGUUCUGAGGAUCAGGAACCAUCUCUGACAUCAACAAACACCGAUGAGAAAACACACACACACACACACACACACAGUUAGACAUACACAACCGCUGUAUGCUUUUUUUUCUUCAACUGCAUUCACACCGUUUUGAGAAACCAAGAAAGAUGCUACUGUAAGUUUUAUUCAUAUAUAUAUAUAUAUAUAU